UUCCACGUCGCAGUAGAGUCUCACAGGCGAGCUGGCUGCGUGUGUAUGCGUGUCUCCAGCUAGGCCAGAGAGUGAUGGCGGCGCCCGUCCUGAGAGUGUCCACCCCUCGGUGGGAAAGAAUAGCCAGGCUUCUUGUUUGCCUGCUGGGCAUACUGUUGUCUUUAUAUGCUUUUCACGUCGAGAGGGAAAAGGCGCGGGAUGCGAGUUAUAAGGCUCUGUGCGACGUCAGCAGCUCUAUCAGCUGUUCAAAAGUGUUCAGCUCAAGGUGGGGUCGAGGAUUUGGACUCCUGGGCUCAAUUUUUGGAAAUGACAGUGCACUGAACCAACCCAACAGUGUCUAUGGGAUUGUCUUUUAUGCCUUUCAGCUGCUUCUAGGAAUGACUGUCAGUGCAAUGGCCGCCCUCAUUCUCAUGACGACAUCCAUCUUGUCGGUGGUUGGGUCCCUCUACCUGGGUUACAUCCUCUACUUUGUCCUAAAGGACUUCUGCAUCAUCUGCAUCACCACAUACGCGCUGAACUUCAUUCUCUUUAUUCUCAACUACAAGCGAUUGGUUUACUUGAAUGAGGCCUGGAAGCAGCAGCUACAGGCCAAGCAGGACUGAGCUGCCAAGAACGGCAAGAAAAACCCGAGAAACAAACAAACAGAGAAAAAAAAGAAAUGUGACCUCUGAACAUUUGACUUGCCACCAGGAGACCUUGCUUCCAAACAAUGUUUAUUCUGCUGUGUGUUCAAAAAAGAAAAAAAAAAUGAAGAAAUUUAACUUAAAUGUUGGGCCUGACAACUCAUAGUUGAUUGCAAACACGGAAGGAUUUGUAAGUGAAAGAUGAUUUUUCUUUUCUUUUUUCUCCAUUAAUUUCUUUUUCCUUGUUUUAACAUUUUAAACUCACUUAAGGAAGGGGCUGGCUCUGUGUGUGUGUGUGGGGGGGGGGGCAAGGUGUUUCUGCGCAGUGUACCAGGGGCACGGAGAAAAGUUGUUGUACCAUAGGCACGAGGAGUGUGUGUGUGUGAGUGAAAGUGCGCGUACAUGUGUAUGUGUGCAUGCUCGGAUUUGGGGGAGGUGAGGACACAACAACAACAACGCAAACAACCAGAGGCAGAGGACAGCUCUCAUUUGAACAACAAUUGGAAAGUGGAAGAAAAACACAGGACCUUUUUUAGGGUGCUUGAUUUGAAAUGGUUGGAAAGCUCCUAUUGCUGCACAGCUCAUCUGCACUAAAACUCGGAGCCGAAUAUUGGGUUCCAAAAUCAGAAGAAACACUCACUAGGUUAUCGUUUAGUUGCAGAUCAGGUUCUAUGAGAAGGGGGCAACAGUUUGUAUUAUUAUUUUUUUAUGUUUACACUUUUUAGUAUAUUUCUUUUUGAAGAGGACCACUAAAAUAAAACACGGCACAGUGUGAGAUGUAUUGUGUGUGUGUGUGUGUGUGCGUGUGUGUGUGUAGAUCAGUCAGAACGUUUGUUUUGCAAUUCUGUACAUAGCUGCUGAGCAAUAUUCCAGACUAGAUUGUGAUUUAGUGUCGACACAAACCUUUAAGGAAAAAUGAAAAAACUACCAACAAAGCAACAGAAAAUCUGGAUUAAAAAAAUUACAAAUAAGUGAUCAGGGUCUCAGUUUGGUGGGUCAGACUUCAGAUGCGUUCGGGAUGUCUUCUGUCCUGUCGUCCUGGUCGGGUGUGCAGUUCAGCUGUGUGUGAAUUUCUUUGUUGUACGUGGUUGUUUCAUCUGAAGCCACAGACACAAGUCUUUCAAAAUGGAACUGUGGGUUCUUUUUGCCAGGUUUGAGUAAAGGCACCCUCACUUUUUUUUUCUUUUUUUUUUUUGUUGUUGUUCUUGUGGAUAAAGCAUUCCUGACCACCACACGAGUGGAAACCCAUAAAGAAUUAUGUGCCUAAAGGAGUGUUACGGUAAAUUACCUUUCCUUUUUUGGGGGGGGGGAUGUCAUAUUAUUGCAUCAGAUUUUUUUCCUCAUUGUUUUAUUGUCACAGGUCCAAGGCUUUAUUUUUAUGAUCAUAAUUUUGUAAAUUAAGAUACCAGUAAAGUGUUUCUCUCUCCCUAAUAGGCUCAUAAAGGUAGCAAAGCCUGCUACACUGUGAUUGUUCAAGGGCAGGAGCGGCCUAGUGGCAGAAGCAACUCUUUAUUUUUCUGUUCCCGCUUCAUUAAUGUUCAUUGGGCUUUUGUAUACAUGUGAUAUCACUUGAACAGUAACAGUGAUCUUGCCAAGCUGAGUUACAGUUCAUUUGCAGGAUGUGAACAAAACUUGGAAAAUGCACUACUUUGUGAUUGGUGGGAGAUCUGUAAGAAAACCAAGCAGCGUGUUAACCACACGGGUGGUUAUUUGGGUUUUGUUCCAGUAGAAAAAGAUAACUUGAUCACUGUUGUUUGUUCUAAUCCACCAUUGGAAGGUCUAAGCAGACAUGGAGAAGGCAAGCGCAGCAUGUAGUGAAACGAGGGAGUAGAACCAUCAUCUCCCUUCCAUCCAGACUCCACUGUUAAAAGUAUCCUGUUUGUCACGUGCACGGUACACCGUCUCCUGGCUUUUAGCAUAUGUUGGCCAUCGGACAAUCUUGCACCCACUGUCAAAGAUCAGUAAGAGUCAUAAAAAGUGUAAUAAUGUGAUUCAUCUGUGGUCAUAAAGCAGCCUGUUAAUAGUUUCAUCCCUGAUCCUCUCCAUUCCUCUGUAGUAGAAUUCAGGGUCUCGUACAAAGCUGUUCCAUCGUUCUGAGGGUUUUCAAGUGUUGAUAGCAACUGUCAUAGUCACGAGUCAUUAUAGUGAUUUACUACUGGUGAUGUGAUAAAUCACAAAGUCAUUGGUUGUGUAUGAAAAUGGAAAUUCAGGUGAUCCCUUUUUCUUCUUUUUUUUUUUUUUUUGGUGAAAUAAUUUCUGUUCUUGCAUGUUGGGACUCAUUUACUACGCCUCUGUUUUCCAAGGUACACUUUAUAAUAAUUUCUUAUAGUUUUUCCUGCAUUCCAGGCAGACAUUUGUUUCUUUGUGAAAUGAUGAUCCUUUAAUCCUUUACAGUCAUGUUGAGAUUUGUUUUUUUGGGUAUGUCCAGUGUGGGCCUACUAGCUUAAAAUGGACCUGUGAUGCUAACACUGUUACAGUGGUGGAUGCUUGUAUUAAACGUGGCCAAAGUUUUAAAUAAUGAGGUCAAUGUACAAGUAAUCUCUGUGAGACAAAAGCUCAGGUUUCAGACUGCUCUAAAGAGCCGGUGUUGGGUCAUUUUCCCACUCUUGACUCUUUAUGGUAUGAAUGAGAGUGGCAUUCUCUAAUGUGGCCGUCUCAGUCUGAUGGUCCAGACGAUGAACGCAGAAGAUCCACACACUUGGUUCAAACUUUCUGUUCAUGAGGGCAGAGGGAUCCUGAACAUAUGGAUGAACUAAGGGGCUAAGAUAAAUGAGGAUUAUUUUGAACUAUAAGUCACACAAAGCUACUCUAAUGGAGUCAAAGAGAAGAGCAUAUGGGGCCACUUUAAUAUAGACUUCACUUUGAUUCUGAUGGUAUCUGAUGAUGCUCUUAAAGUUUUUAAAGCAAGAUUCAAAAUGAAUCAAUUACUCAGAACCCAAAUCACCUCUAGCCACUUGGGUAAUGCUAAUAGUGGAAUUUUAGGUUUCCCUUAUGCCAGUAUGAAAACUGGUGAAAAUUGAAUUUCCAUGCUGCAUAAAACAGAAUGGAGAUGAGUGGCUGCCUGGAAUAGGAGACCUCAUUCAAAUAUUGGUUUGCUUUGAAAAAUGGUUGCCAGUUAUGUAAAUGUGAUUGGUGGUAAAAUAGCAAAAAAAAAAAGAAAGGAAGAAGAAGCGAAUACCAUUUAAGUCCUUUAAAUGUUAGUGUUUCAUCAUAGUACAUCUUCGGUAAGAACUUCCUUAUCUACAGUAUUUCCUGGCUUAUGCCAGGUUGUUUUUCAUUUCAGCACUGGACGAGGUUACCAACCACACUCUUUUAUCCUUUUUCUGCACGCUCAUAAGUUUUGUGCAAGUGAAUCCACAGAAGUCUUUUUUUUUUUUUUUUUAUUUAAAUAACUGACAGAUUACUAGUUAAAAAGUAUGGCUCCUGUGAGUACUGAUAUAGAACUGAGAAGCGUACAAUAUCUAAGAUUCCAGUCAUGAAAGCCCAUUACACCAUUUGUGUAAAGUUACUUUAAAACUACAAGAAAGAAAUUUGAUGGAUGUUUAUUCAAAAGUUUGGGAAAUCUUCGCCAGGUAAAAGGAUCACCAUUUCCUUGAUGAUGUAACUCUAAAAUCAAGGUCAAGGCAUAAUCUUUGCUACAUUCUCACGAAUCUUCAUUUAGGCCCUGAGGUAAAACUGCCAUGUUAGUUGCAUCACCAAUGCCAACGAAAGUGCCUUCUGUUUGAUCACUAGGCCUUGAGCCAAAGACAAGCAACAGUAAAUAGCCUUGUAAAAUGAAGAACUGCAACAGGCACUUGUGCUUGCCUUCCUUAGGAUGUAAUUUGCUUAAUUGGUAAUUCCUAAAGACUUGAUACCUGGUAUCAGUACGAAACUAUUCAGAAAUGGCCCUUCCUUUUUUCCUUACUCCACUAUGUAAUUAUCUUUAUCUUGCUUAGUUAGGAGAUGUUUGUUAGCUGAAAACACACUGUUCCAAUGAUAAGAUUGUAAUGUUUUUUCAGAAUUAAUUAUGCCCUUUAGCUGUAUAGACUGUUAACAUUCUGGGUUGUUUUAGUAAAAAAAAAUGUUGGGGGGUUGGAGGGCUAGGAUAUCCACGUGUCAGCAUAAAAAGUUUAUUAAAUUUCUUUGUGGAGGAAAUCUUACUGGGUUUGCUUCUGUAUUGCCAAAUAUGUUUUAAAAUGCUGUAUUUUCUUACAUGGAAAAGUGUUACAUGAAUGGUAGGAAGGUGCAAAAAAUAACCUGUUUAAAUCCAGCUUACCUUAAGGGAAAACUGUGGAAAAAGGUUGACGUGAGAACAUUUUUAAUUGUGUCAUUGUCAUGUGGAAAUGAUCUACCAUUAAAACAUUCCCUCUGAA